CAUGUGCCUAUAUGCUGUUUUAGGACAUUGUUUUGAGGAACGCAGAUUCCUGGGCCAGCCUGGGCAAGAUGGCGUCUGCCACUCCGUCUAUGAUCAAGUCUUCGAGCGAGAGCUUUCAGCAGUUCAGGAAGGCUGCUAUGGAGAAGGAGGAACGAGAGAGAGCUCUGCGCAGGCUGCAGGUGGAGCAGGCUGGGAGAGAGAAGAAGCCUGUCCCUGAGCAGCCAAGGGACGCGGACAGGGAGGCGGCCGUUGAGAGGGUCGGGACCCCGCCAGGCCCCGAGGCGCCGAAGCAGGAGGCGCCCCUGUCCUCUGUGGACCAGGAGAGAGAGAGGGCUCGGAGAAGAGAGCAGGAGCGAAGGAGGAGGGAGGCUAUGUCCGGCAUCAUUGACAUGACUCUGCAGAGCGACAUCAUGGCGACGUUUGAGAAGAACCUUUAUUGAAGGUGGGGGCUGACGGGGCCCCUGCUCCCCGGGGUUCGAAACGGGCGCACUGCACGCCGCUGCGGGUUUGUCUCCGAGCAGCCCCUGCUCACCGAAGGAAACGGGUCAUUAGACGCUUGCUGCGUCACUUCAUCGUCCGGUUCUAGUUCCCUUGUAUUAUAGUGUACAGUGUAAUAUAACUGUGAUUGUGUGCACAGAAACCGAAAAGGACCACAAUUUCAUUAUCUGACUUUGCCUUUUUUUUUUUGUGGAGGUGAUAUUCGGUUGCUCUCCAAUACUUGCACUGAUGUUCUGUUAGCGAGUUUAUAAGCAGCCAUAAUGGAGUGACCAGCAAACGAAAAGGUUUUGAUGGGGUUUAAAACACAGUAGCUGGGAGAUGAUUCCCCCCCCUUCCUUGUCAUGCAAUGUCUUGUUUAUUCUUAAGUCUUUUAUUUAGAACAAUUAAGGAUUUUAGAGCCAGGAUUGCAUACCUUACAUCAAUUUACAUUCCACUUUUUUCCCUUAAUUGCUGUAUAACUUCCAGUUUUUGUAUUGGUCGUAAUGACAUGUCAAAAGUAUAAUAGUGUUAAAUAUUUGUAUAUAAUUUAAAACCAUUUUUCCUCAUCCUUUCUCUGUUUCAACACUGCUUAUGCAGUGUCUGAAAUGUGGAAGAAGUCUGUGUUUAGCUGUUCUUAAACUUGAAUGACUGCUAAUCAACAGAUUUGCUUACUAUAUAUAUUUAAGUGAAGGAAUGUCCUCUGCGAUAUUGUUUGCUGUAACACCAGAUUAAAUAUUAAAGUAGUAAUGUUUUGUCCUACAAUAAUCCUUAAAAUUUGGUACCUGGAAGUGUUUAAUUUAUUCACAUUAAAUAUUUUGCCAAAUGUUGGUCUUGAUACUCGGGAGUCUAUUUUAAAGGCUUCUAUCUUCUUUCUCGGCCUGAGUUUCUUCAUGAAAGUUUAAGGCCAUAAACUGAUCUGCUUACUCGUAUCAGUUUAGGUGGUGUGUGCCAGAGUACGUAUCGCUCAGAUCUCUAAAUUCAGAAAGAUAUUAGAUACUUAACAUACUGUUUGUCCUAUUAUCUUCUGCAUUUGUUAUGGUAUAGAAACUUGAAGAUGUGAAGCUUGAUAUGUUUGACCUGUUAUUCAGGGUAAUAUGCUUCUUACUUCUGUUGUACUGCUACCACAAUAAUACUUCUGUAAACAUCAAGACAUGAGAGAGCAUGACUAGACUAUAUGAAGAACUAAUAUAAUUUUGAAGAAAAAUCACAGUAUAUGGAGAAGUCCAUUAAAAUAUUUUCAGUAAA